GGCUGGAGGUCAGGCCCGAGUCUAUACCAUCACCCAUGAUGAGGCCGCUCGCAACACAGGUACCAUGUCCGGAAUGCUUUUGAUAUCUCAUGUGCCUGUUUUUGCUUUAUGUGAUACCGGUGCUACCCACUCCUUUAUAUCUUCUCGUUGCCUGGAGUCCUUGUCUCUUAGCACUGAGCAUGCUUGUGAUCCUCUCGAGGUUAGUUUAGCCUCGGGAAAAAUUAUUAUCUCUGAUUCAUUGGUUCGCAAUCUUUCUAUAUGUAUCGGUGGUCGAAUUUUGGAUGCCAGCGUUUAUGUAAUUGAUAUGCGAGACUUCGACAUGAUCUUGGGCAUGGACUGGCUCACCCGUUACCGAGCCGAUAUCCGGUGCCAGGAGCGCGAAGUCACCCUCUAUCCUGCUUCCGAUCAGCCUGUUGUGUUCUUUGGG